AUGAGCGACCACUCACUUCACACCCAACCAUCCCACACACGCAAGCCGACGAGGAGCAAAGAAUUAGUGGUUGAUAAGCCAGUCAAUUUCAGGGAGAUCGGGAAAAUCGUGCCGCCUCCGGUGGUGGAGCACCGGACGUUCACGACGGAGAAGGAUGGGAUCAUCCUUCGGGCGCACACCGAGCACGAAAACCGUUGGGAAAAGAUCACAGGACUUCUCAUCGGGCACAUGGAGGGGAUCGGAUGGUGGAUUUGA